GUCAAGUAUUCGUUAAUUUCAAAUGUAAUAUAUUCAAUUGAUAAUGUCUUUUUUUAUUACAGUCAAGUUAUCGAUUCUGGUUUCAAUAAAAAACGAUCUAGAUAAAAUAUUCACAAUGAGUGAUGGAACUAAUAACGAUCAUAAUCCAUAUAAAUCUCACAUAAUUAAGCUAAAGCAGCAAGCGGAAUUUUUGCACAGACAACAAAAUGAAAUCCUCGAAAAACAUCAGCAAAAAGUUAAACAACAGCAGAUGAUCUAUAAUUUAUUACAUUCAUUGCAAUCUGCAGAGUCAUAUGUUGGACAAUUUAAAUCAAUUAAUACUUCAACUUCUUCAACAUCAUCCAUGAUAGAAUCAUCAGCUAUUCUUCCUAGAGGACCAGUUUCAAAUCAUCCACCAGUAUCACAUUCAGCUUUACAAGGAAUUAAUAUGAAUGAACAAACGUAAGAUCCAUUAAAUUUAACUCGCAUAAUUGAUCAUUUGAAUCCACUCUAUCCAGCCUCAGGAUUAACUCAAGAAAAUCCAAUAGAUUUAAUAGCUUCAUCUCCUGAAAACUUACGCAAUAAAUCAUCACUAACAUCAACAGAAAAUCGAUCCAAAUCAGUACCUCCACAUACAGAAUUAACACAAGAUAAAACAUUAGAUUUAACGUUUACUUCCUCUGAUCAUCAACCUAAUUUCAAUCUAUCAUCUAUCAAUCAACUUAAUAAUUUGUCAUCAACAUCAAUAACCGAUCGUUCACAGUUGAAUCGAGAAUCUGUAAUCCUGUUAAACAAAUCGCUGUUGAGAUCAAGAGGUGAAAAUUCUAAGUCUGUACCUCCACACGCACAGUUAGCACAAGGCCGAGAUACAGAUAUAAUAAAUUUUCUUUCUGGACAGUGCUUUAACGAGAAUCCAUCAUCUGCAAAUCUACUUAUUAAUUCGUCUCCAAACACUAACUCUUUGUCGUCUCAUCAAUCCCUACAAUCAUUUAGCUUAUCAAAUUUAAGAUCGGUACCUAUGUAUUCGCAAGUAUUCAUUCCACCCACUGUAAAGAAAAGUACAUUUUUAAACAAGCCAAUAGCUCAAACAAUGUUUUUAUCCACGCAACCUUUGAAUUUGAGUGCCCGUCUAUCUGACACUUCAAACCAAUCAUCGCCCAAUAUUGAACUUUUGACACCACCAUUGAUUGAUAUAGAAAGAACUUCAUCUAUCGGACCAAAUCAACUAAGUCGUUCAAAACCGUUGGAUGGAAGAAACUUCGAAAUGAACAAAGAAAAAAAGACCGAUGAAAUACAAGCAAACUCCAAAAGUCAAAAAUCACAUCAAAAAGAUAAAAAUCACGCAGAUAAAAAUAAAAAAAAUGAAAAAAAUAAUUCACACGAUGAUAAAAAUAAAAAACACGAAUCAAGUUGAAAACGAGAAUAUGAUCGAGAGCAGUCAUCAUCAGAUGAAAACGAGAGAGGUAAUUUUAAAAUUUGUUUGCAUUAUUUAAAGAUAAAUAAAUUCUAUGAAAAAUUGAGGUGUUGACAAAAAUGAAUUUUUAUUUUAACGUGAGUGUUUAAAGUGUGCACGUUUAGAUUUUCCAACAUUUUUUAU